UUUGCCUUCAACAAGAGGGGCCAUCAAGGCAAGCACAGAAAUGUGGAAUGUCCCAAGCAGUACUUUGGGGUGUUUUCCCUCAAAAUUGAAGCAGCACCAGACCCCAAAUCUGGAUUGGUAGAAUGGAUGAGAGAAGCAUCUGAGCUGCUCGCCCAAUGAGAUCAAAGAGAAAUGCCAGAAUUGCAAGAGAAACAUGAAGAGAUCUUUGAAGAUGAUGAGAGAAUGCACCAAUGUGCUGGGCAGUCCCUGACAGCUGGUCACUUCAGAGCUUCUCUCGUGGGGCACAGGGAGCAGCAAAGCCACUCGGUCGAGCAUGAAAACUGGAAUUGGCGCUCUGCUUGCAGGAGUUGUUGGUGUUAUUGGUAUUCUUCUGUUUCUCAUCGCAUUUGGAACAGAGUAUUGGCUGCUAGCAACAGAGGCCUGUGGAGAGCUUGUAUCUAAAAAUGGAACUCUGGACACCGAGAUGGAAGGUGUUUCCAGAGACUUCUCGAGAGGUGUUCUUACAUUCCACCAUGAAGGCUUCUUCUGGAGAUGCUGGUUCUCAGGAGAGGGCACCCAUGGGAAUGUCUGGAAAUUCUGGUUCACUAACCAACCUCGUACCAAGCACUGCCGCCCCGGUUAUCUCUUUCCUAUGCCCAUUGCUCUGGGACCUUUACCACAUCCUUCUUAUGAUGCUACUGCCGUGUACCGAGGGUUCUGGACAGUUUUCAUCGUGCUAGGUGUUACUGCCAGCUUGGUGGGCGUGUUCCUGCUGGUGUGUGGGGCGCCAUUUGUCAACGCUCGGCUUUAUAAAUUUGGUGGGAUCUUCCUUAUCACCUCAGGAGCCUUCUUCCUCCUCCUCCUCCUCCUCUUUGUGCUGUGGAAGGAGUGCGCAGCUGAUUUUCAGAAAUACAUACUUCUGGAAAGGAGUGAAAAGUGCAACCCAGAGAAUGCCCCUGUGAAUGUGCAUUAUGGCUGGUCUUUUCUAUUUGCUACUGCUGGAACACCCUUGGUUUACCUUUCAGGACUUCUCUUUUAUUUGAUUGGCCAGAAGAACAUGAAAGUACCAAAAUGAAAGAAGGGAGAGAAUGAUACACACCCCACUCUCCCAUCCCCCCCAAUACUCACACACACACACACACACAAAUCUACACACUUACACACAUAUACACUUAUUCAUAUACUUAUACACACUUACAUACACAUUUCCAUGCUUAUACACACGUCCCACUGAGAACCCCCCUGAGCAUGGAAGGAAGGCAUCUUCUUCAAGGUUGUACCAACCAUAGCAGGUGUUGAUCAAGAAACAGUGACGGGGGCAGCUAGAUAGCACAGUGGAUAAAGCACCGGCCCUGGAUUCAGGAGUACCUGAGUUCAAAUCUGGCCUCAGACACUUGACACUAGCUGUGUGACCCUGGGCAAGUCACUUAACCCCCAUUGCCCUGCAAAAAAAAAAAAAAGAAACAGUGACAAAUGGUACUUAGGGAGAAAUGUUAGAAAGGGAAAUGGAGCACUAGACCGAGCUGUCUGAAAGGGCCCAAGAGUAGGCUUUCAUUGGCCUCAGACUUAGAGACCAAAGAGGCUGGCUCUGGCUUCCCUAAAUGUUUUUAUAAAUUGCCCUCAUUUGGCAGCCUCAUUUGUAUUGGAACUGUUAUUGAAUUUCCAACCUCUCCCAAAUCCAACUGUGAUUUACAGUAAGAUGUUUCUUUUUGAAUAGAAAUUGAGUGUGACUUUUUUUUGCAGGGUUGGGAAUGGGGGUGGGUGGGGAGGAAGAAUCAGUCAUAACUGACAUCCCAGGCCAGCCAUGAUUAUUUCUCAGACAAUUUGAACCUGGGGAAGUUGAAAAAGUUAUGCCAGGAGACAGAGAGAAAGAGAGAUUUUUUUCCUUUUCCUUUUUCCUCUUCAGACAGAAUUUGGGAAGUGAACCCAGUGUGAAUGCAUGCACAUUUUAAUGUGCAGCUUAUAUCCAGAGGCAAUCUAGCUCCCAUUGCCAUGCAGCUGACUUCGGAAGAGGGCUGUAUAUUUCAUUGAAAGAAUUAGAAAAAAUAUUCAAAACCUAAAAGCCUGCACUUGGGUAAGUGAAAUGGAGAGCCAACUUUUCAGCCAGAGUACAGGCCCUUCUGCAGAGGAGGGCUACAUUGAGGGCAACAUCAUUGCUUUGGAUUUUGCCCUGGAAACACAUUUGUAUUUUGUGAAGCAAAUACAGGUCCUAGCUAAAGAUUAAAGUGGGGAAGUAGAAGGAAAUCAGUGUCUGGAGGCAGGAAGCAUAAAUAGCACAUCCAUUCAUUAGGAUCCCUUUCAAGCCUUUCCUGUCAACCAUAAUGAUUCGGCUGCUUAAGGUUUAAUGGUUCCCAUCAUUUUUGGUCCUUAGACCCAGGCCCUCUUUCCUCCUUCUGGUAGGAGGCCAUGCUGGCUUACCAGAAUUCAGAGAAAGCCUGAGGCUACUUUGGAGAAACCAGUGAGGGAUAUGCUAAGCGAGUGAUUCAUUUGUGCUGGAAUCAGAAACAGAGAAUAAACUGUCAUCUAACAACAGGCAUGUGGCAGGAGGCCUGCCCAGAAACUCCCAAGGACCUGUGGGAUUCAUAGCUAGUCAAUGAACCCCACACUACACACAGACCUAUUGCUUGAGCACCAUUCAGAACCAUCGGUGAAAAUGUGUCUGCAUUUCCGUGAGUGGGAUCCAAUCCCUUGGCUUGCAUUUUGGAGGAGGAAUUUACUCUCUGUAUUUUCAAAUCCCAACACUUGUCCUCAAGGCACAGGAAUCUAUAAGGCUAAGAGUUAUCACGAGCAGAUCCAUUAGCCCAAGAACAUGUUAAGUAUUCUUUCCUGUCUUGACCAUUGUCUCCUGGGAAAUCAUUAGCUAUAAUGCAUAUGUUUGUGAAAUUAUGGUCCUGAAUAUUGUAGAUUUCACUUGAGUGAUCUCACCAACUAGGAGCUCUCUUGUUGGUGUCAAUUUAGUUGUUCAGUUAAAAACCUGUGUUAAUAAAAUACAU